GAUUUGCAGUCGCGGACACGACUUACGUUGACCCAAACGCCAAGCGUGGCGACCGCUUAGUUGGGCUGUGCGACUAUUACCCUACGGACUGACUUCACUAACCAUCAUCAUCCUUCUUCCUUUCCUACUGACUCGACCAACGAUCACCACCCUAGACUCUCCCUCCACCCUUCUCCUUCUCUCUUCUUUGACUUCGACUAAGAGAGAAAAGGACAUAAACACUAUCCGUCCUCGAAGGGUGUCAUUGAGAAUUCAUUCAACCUGGAGUGUCAAAUCCGACCGAUCGCCGUUGGUGCCGUUCACCCCCUACCACACCACUAUGGCAGAUAGUAUACACCACGCCCAGCGGGCGCAAACCUCUAACAACUUCGACGCUUCCGAGCUCACCCACGCUUUUGAACAACUGAUGCGCAAUAAGAGAUUUCAUCGUCUUCAGGAACACUCGAGGGCUCGGACUCAUUCCCCGUCACCGUCUCCAUCUCAGAUUCCUUCGCCUGGGCCGUACGCACCACCUCAUCCCUCGCGAGCACCACCACCACCUCCGACCGCAGCUCCCUUUCAGCCACCCCAAUUCUCACCACAACCCCAACCGUAUCGACCCACUCAAGCCUCGAUGUUGCAAGGGUUACCAAUUGUUCCAUCGCCGCCCCAGGAUCAGGCGUCGUUAAAAUUCCGAAACCUCCUUCAUGUCCUCUCUGUAACACCGACAAAGUACGAGAACCCAGGACUUCUCGACGAAGCUCUCUCCCUGAUUCCACUUGACCGGUUGUACUCAGAGGCCGAGGAGGAGAGUCAGAUUAUGCAAGCACAGGCUGCUAGCAUUGGUGGGAGGCCCGAAUGGGGGUACCAAGAUUGUGUCAUCAGGGCUCUUUUGAGAUGGUUCAAACGAUCAUUUUUUCAAUUCGUCAACAACCCCCCCUGCUCACGAUGCUUCAUGCCUACAAUCGCCCAGGGCAAUACACCACCUUCGCCUGACGAGACUGCCCGUGGUGCAACUCGAGUAGAACUUUACCGAUGCUCUGAACCAACAUGCGGGUGCUAUGAGAGAUUCCCUCGCUAUUCCGAUGUUUGGCAACUUUUACAGAGCCGACGGGGUCGUGUAGGUGAAUGGGCAAAUUGCUUCAGCAUGUUCUGCAGAGCACUCGGUGGUCGAGUAAGAUGGGUGUGGAACUCGGAGGACUACGUCUGGACCGAGGUAUAUUCUGAACACCAGAGACGCUGGGUGCAUGUAGAUGCAUGCGAAGAAGCGUGGGACCAGCCCCGUCUCUAUGCUGAAGGCUGGGGUCGAAAGAUGUCAUAUUGCAUUGCAUUCUCGAUUGAUGGCGCCACCGAUGUCACGCGUCGAUAUGUACGAAGCCCGGCAAAGCAUGGAGCACCACGGAACCGGGCUCCUGAAGAGGUUGUUCAUUGGGUAAUUCUCGAAAUUAGAAGGAAGCGCCGUGAGAAUUCUGGGAAGACGGAUCUUAAGCGCUUGUUGAAGGAAGACGAGCGUGAGGAGAAGGAGCUUCGUCAUUACACAGCUUCCGCUCUUGCUGCAGAAUUAAAUAACCUUAUGCCUCAGAACCGAACAAACAGCCGACUAGACGACCAGAAGACCCCCGUCUCACGACAGGACGCAGCUGCAGAAUGGCUUGCCGCUAGACAAAGAAGCUCCGGCCACUCUGGUUCGGACCACUCACAGGGUGGACGGUAGCGCUACACAUGUGU